GGCAUUUUGUGCAGCACCACACUCUUCCGUGUGUACAUCUGUUAUGCCACCGGCUUAAAACAAGCCAAUGCUAGGAGUUCACAACUGACUAGCUUGAGUUUUAAUUCUCUGCGUGGUUAAAAUGUCAGACAAUUUGUUGCGGUGGUGUCUGGAGGAGUUACAGCGCACGUUUGCUUUGGAGGCGUCCGAAGACAUCGUCAAAUACAUUAUAUCCAUCGAAAAAGCAGAUGAGAUCGAGGAGUAUGUGGGCGACCUUCUCCAGGGCACAGAUGGAAGGAAAGGACAAUUUAUUCAAGAGUUCCUCUCCAGAUGGAAGAAGACUCAAAGACAGGCCGGCGAUACCUCUGGUCUUUUCCUUUUCAAAGAGUCGACUUCAGCAACAGAAUUAGACUCACAAGACACAAGCAAGGAUUUCCAGAAGAAGUCUAAACGGAAGGGUCGGAACAAACAUGAGGUGUUGGCUGUCAGUCAAACAGACCCUGAGCCAGAGGCAGUCAAAACCCCCAUUGAUCUGAUGAGGGUUCAAGAAAGCAGUUCUUCUUCAACAAAGAAGAAAAGUAAGUUUACGAGCCUCUAUGGCAAAGAGGGACAGGACAAGCUGACGGUGAUACUCCCUGGCCGACACAGCUGUGAGUGCCUUGCUCAGAAGCACAGACUUAUCAACAACUGCAUCAGCUGCGGUCGGAUUGUAUGUGAGCAAGAGGGAUCUGGGCCCUGCCUCUUCUGUGGUAGCCUGGUCUGCACGAAAGAGGAGCAGGAGAUCCUGUUACGAGAUUCGAACAAAAGUCAGAAAUUAAGGAAGAAGCUUAUGGGAGAUUGUAGCGAAAGAGACUACCUGGCACCCCAAGAAGCCAAGGUGAAGGCUGGCUUGGAGAAGGCUGUCCAGCACAAAGAAAAACUUUUAGAAUAUGACAGAAAUAGUGUUAAGAGAACCCAGGUACUCGAUGAUGAGUCAGAUUACUUUGCGACCGAAUCCAACCAGUGGUUGUCUACCGCCGAGCGGGAUAAACUAAGAAAGAAGGAAGAGGAGUUGAGAGAACUUCGUCAUGUAUCUCGUAAAGACCGAAAGAUCACUUUGGACUUUGCUGGCAGACAAGUGAUUGACGAGGGAAACAACCUGAACGAUUACUACGACAAAUUGGAUGAGACCCUCAAAGCAAUGGACAUUAACUCUGCGCUGAAAUCUUCUGUGCACUCCGAAAGACAAGGUGGAAGACAAAACCUCAGAGAACUGGUCAACCCAAACAUAAAGCAAAGUGCACCAGAAUGGGUUGAUGUUCGUAGCCGUGAAAACAACAGAAGGAACAUGGAGAAAGUGCAGAGUUUGGCGCAGGAUGGAAAGGAAGAACAGCGGACCCGCUUGCGCCUCCAAGACAAGGAGCUGCAAGAGAUGUCUGAUGGAGGCUGGUGUCUCAGCAUGCACCAGCCAUGGGCAUCUCUGCUUGUCAAAGGCAUUAAGCGAGUCGAGGGGCGGACUUGGUACACGCCUCACCGUGGUCGUCUUUGGAUUGCUGCUGCAGCCAAGAAGCCCACCCCUCAAGAGAUUGCUGAGGUGGAGGCCAUGUACCGUUGCAUCUACAACAAAGAGCCCAGAUUUCCCUCUGACUACCCCACUGGCUGCCUGUUGGGCUGUGUCAAUGUCACUGAUUGCCUUCCUCAGGAACAGUUCAAAGAGCAGUUCCCCAGUGCACGAGAGGAGUCUGCUUCGCCAUUUGUCUUCAUUUGCUCCAGCCCCCAGGAGCUCCUGGUGAAAUUCUCAAUGAAAGGGAAGCACAAAAUCUGGAAGCUGGAGAGUCACUACCACCAGGGUGCCAAGAAGGGGCUGGUCGCUUCCGCCGCAGAGUGAUUACUCAAGAAACCUACCGGUGGGACAAAAUUGGAUAAUUUUCCAGCGGUACCUCAGUUUUCAUUAUAAUCCGUUCUGAGGACCAAAUCAGCCGGACAAUUUUUCCCAUUAGAAAGUAUGUAAAUCCAAUUAAUCAGUUCUGUUCCAGACUUCCAAAUUCUUUAGCCGCAUGGCGGGUUAUUUUGCAGCCGUACUCAAUAACACAGAAUUCAUGGUUUUGGGCACUUGAUUCUGCGUAGUGAUGCACGGGCAAACGGACUAGUUUGUAACGGGCAAUGUUUUUUCGCCGUACGAUAUCCGUUGGGUGUGCCAAAAACCGAGGUACCGCUGCAUAGCAGAAAAGCUGAUCUCAUAUUUUCACCCUAUCAUACCAUAAAGAGUCAACAAGGGGAACAAAUAGUGGUAGCUCAAGACCGUAAAAGAAAUGACCCCUCCUCUCAUGCAGCCUGUCAUUACCCCUCAAACACCCAAGCCACAUCUCAACCAACAAUGGCAGCGGAGUAAAAACACAGCCUACUCAUUUAUUUCAAUGAGACAAUUACUUGAGCACAGUAGGGGUGAUUAUACGGCAUAAAAGGCAGGGUCACUCGGCACUUUCCCACAGUGCAGCAGUCUUACAGCGGGCCUUUAAUCACAUCCCCGUUCUUGCUGCAAAAGAUCAGUUUUUGUUUUCUGCUGGUAAAAUCCCCGCCGCCACUUUCAUUCCAAGAAGAAUAAACGGCAUUAUUAAACA